UAGAGUGGCGGCUGGGAAAGUAGUACUCGCUCUUAUGGCGGUGUUGUCAGCAGUGGUGGUGAAUCAUGUAGCAAAGAUCAUCUCUGCAUCAGGGAUGUUGAAGCACGUGUAUAACCACGUGCCGGGCACAUGUCGGCUUGUUCCCGGGGUAGAGCAGGGUUCAGAAGACAUCGCACUGACCUCGUCUGGACUGGCGUUCAUAUCGUCAGGUAUACUGCCGCCUGGCUUCAUUCUGGACCCUGUCUACUUCUCCUUUCAACAGAGAAUUCUUGUGUUUGACUUUAAGAACCCCACCAAGGGAGCCAAGGAAGUUCAGAUCGUUCCCCAGAGCGUUAAAGAAGACUUCAUGCCGCACGGUCUUAGCGUUUACGAAGACAAGUCGGGACAAGUUCGGCUCUUUGUCGUGAACCAUGGCAAAGGUUACAAAGACAGAGUGGAGAUCUUUCGAUUCGACUCCGACUCAAACAGCCUGCAUCACAUCGAGUCUGUCAAGCACCCACUUCCGUACAGCCUGAAUGACAUUGUGGCCACGGGACCUGAUAGUUUUUACGCCACCAAUGACAAGUACAGCACUGGUUUAUACAGCAAGAUGGCGGAGACUUGGCUUCUACUCCCGUGGUCCAAUGUUGUCUACUACAGCGGCGGGGAGGCAAUCAUCGUGGCCGACGGCUUACUGUACGCUAACGGUGUCAACCUCUCGCCCGACGGCAAGCUCGUUUAUGUUGCAAACCCCACCGCUGCGGCGGUGACCGUAUAUCACCGACAUGACGACAACACUCUACUGUUCAGCCAUGACAUAAUACUACACACAGGUGUUGAUAAUAUCUGUGUGGACCCUGCCAACGGGGAUCUGUGGGUAGGGGCUAUCCCUAGACCAAUCGAUUUUUCCGUACACAUGCAAAACGCGUCCCAUCCGUGCGGCUCCCAGGUGCUGCGGAUAGAGAACCCGGCGGGGGAGAACUCCAGUAUCACCGAGAUGUUCUCUGACGACGGACGUGCCGGGUUAUGGGGGUCAAGCGUGGGAUGUUAUCACAACAAGCAGCUACUGAUCGGCACGGUUAACCACAGACUCAUGCACUGUACAGUUGACGUGCCUCUGUAGAUCUAGAGUAGCCUGAUUAUAUCCCAGAGUGAACCACUAUGUCACAAUUUGUCUCAAGAAACAUUUCAAGUUUGAAGAAAUAUUAUAACAUUGCAUUGAAAACUUGUAUUGUCAAGAUACAAAAUGCCUCAAGGUUUUGUGUCCGAUAGUUUCUUUUGCGUUGUUAAUUACUACCGUAAUGUAACACUUGUUCACCUUUAUCCGCGGGGGUAACCUAUAUCCGUUAUUCCUAUAGAAUGGUAUUUGA